ACACAAGCUUCGAAGCAGGAGAGUUGGAGGUAACAACACCAGGGCUACGUAAGACACCCUGAGGUCUACAUCCACCUGUAGGAAAAACCUGUCAGACCCACUAGGUGAGAAGCCAGUGGCUGUCACCCAGUGUGUUGUAGCAGUUUAGACCGCUGGCCCUACUCCACAGGCCUUGCUACCUGUUAGCCCUCCUAUCCCCUGUCUACCAUUUUGUGUGUAUUUAUAUGUGUUCUGCAUAAUCUCCUGCUCCACCCUGCAGUCCAGAUGGUGGCGGUAAUGCACCGAACCGCCAAUAAACACUAAAAGAAGAAGAAGAAGAAGAAGAAGAAGAAGCGCAACAGCGCGUAAGCAGAAAGUUACCUGAGCUUCACUUUAACAUCUCAAAGUGUUCAGAUCCUCAGGUUGUUGUGAAGGUGUGAAGGUGUGGACUCUGCUAUGAAUCAGGCUGAGGACCCAGAGGACAGUGUCCCUCCCUCUGAAGCCCCUCUGUGGGGGGGACAUGACAGACAGACCAAAGCUCAGAGGACCCAACAGAGACCAGGACCUGGACCCAGCUGUGUGUCCAUGAAGAGUAACCAGUCUAUGAAUCAUCCUAUAGUCUUCAAAGAUGUCCGUCCCUCUGCUGAUGCAAGUUCACAUCAGAAGAGAAGAAAGUCUCCUGAACCCAGAUGUGUGUCCAUGAAGAGUCAUCAUUCUAUUGGUCAUCUGAUUAACUUCAAAGAUGAUCAGUCUAUUGAUCAUCCGAUUGACUUCAAAGAUGGAGGCCGUUCUUCUGACCCACAAGAGGACCAGGAGAUCUCAGAGGUUCCCACAGAGUCUGCCCAGCAGCAUCAAACCCACCUGGACUCCAUCUUCAUGCUGCUGGAGGAGAACAUCCUCACCUUUGUGAAGAACGAGCUGAAGAAGAUCCAGAAGGUUGUGAGUUCAGAUUACCCAGAAUGCUUAGAGAAGGAGGAUGAGGAGGUGCUGGAUGAAGAGCAGAGGAGGAGCAGAGAGGCAUUUGUGAAGAUCUCAGUGCACUUCCUGAGGAGAAUGAAGCAGGAGGAUCUGGCUGAGCGUCUGCAGAGCAGACUUUCUGCUGCAGUUUGUCACCGUGAACUCAAAUCCAACCUGAAGAAGAAGUUCCAGUCUGUGUUUGAGGGCAUCGCUAAAGCAGGAAACCCAACCCUUCUGAAUGAGAUCUACACAGAGCUCUACAUCACAGAGGGAGGGACUGCAGAGGUCAAUGAAGAACAUGAGGUCAGACAGAUUGAAACAGCAUCCAGGAGACCAGCCAGACCAGAAACUACCAUCAGACAAGAAGACCUCCUCAAAGCCUCAGCUGGAGGAGAAGAACCAAUCAGAACAGUGAUGACUAAGGGAGUGGCUGGCAUUGGGAAAACAGUCUUAACACAGAAGUUCACUCUGGACUGGGCUGAAGACAAAGACCACCAGGACAUACAGUUCACAUUUCCAUUCACCUUCAGAGAGCUGAAUGUGCUGAGAGAGAAGAAGUUCAGCUUGGUGGAACUUGUUCAUCACUUCUUCAGUGAAACCAGAGCAGCAGGAAUCUGCAGGUUUGAAGAGUUCCAGGUUGUGUUCAUCUUUGACGGUCUGGAUGAGUGUCGACUUCCUCUGGACUUCCACAACAAUGAGAUCCUGACUGAUGUCACAGAGACCUCCUCAGUGGAUGUGCUCCUCACAAACCUCAUCAGGGGGAAGCUGCUUCCCUCUGCUCGCCUCUGGAUAACCACACGACCUGCAGCAGCCAAUCAGAUCCCUCCUGAGUGUGUUGGCAUGGUGACAGAGGUCAGAGGGUUCACUGACCCCCAGAAGGAGGAGUACUUCAGGAAGAGGUUCAGAGAUGAGGAGCAGGCCAGCAGGAUCAUCUCUCACAUCAAGACCUCACAAAGCCUCCACAUCAUGUGUCACAUCCCAGUCUUCUGCUGGAUCACUGCUGGAGUUCUGGAGGACGUGUUGAAGACUAGAGAGGGAGGAGAGCUGCCCAAGACCCUGACUGAGAUGUACAUCCACUUCCUGGUGGUUCAGUCCAAAGUGAAGAAGGUCAAGUACGAUGGAGGAGCUGAGACGGAUCCACACUGGAGUCCAGAGAGCAGGAAGAUGAUAGAGUCUCUGGGAAAACUGGCCUUUGAUCAGCUGCAGAAAGGCCACCUGAUCUUCUAUGAAUCCGACCUGACAGAGUGUGGCAUCGAUAUCAGAGCAGCCUCAGUGUGCUCAGGAGUGUUCACUCAGAUCUUCAGAGAGGAGAGAGGACUGUACCAGGACAAGGUGUUCUGCUUCGUCCAUCUGAGUGUUCAGGAGUUUCUGGCUGCUCUUCAUGUCCAUCUGACCUUCUUCAGUUCUGGUGUCAAUCUGCUGUCAGAAGAACAAACAACUUCCCUGGAGUCUAAACGCUUAAAACACAAUCCUGAACCAGUGCGUCUCUACCAGAGUGCUGUGGACCAGGCCUUAAAGAGUCCUAAUGGACACCUGGACUUGUUCCUCCGCUUCCUUCUGGGUCUUUCUCUGGAGACCAAUCAGAGUCUCCUACGAGGUCUGCUGACACAGACAGGAAGUCAAUCACAGACCAAUCGGGAGACAGUCCAGUACAUCAAGGAGAAGAUCAGUGAGAAUGUGUCUCCAGAGAAAAGCAUCAAUCUGUUCCACUGUCUGAAUGAACUGAAUGAUGGUUCUCUAGUGGAGGAGAUCCAACGGUCCCUUAGAUCAGGACGACUCUCCACAGAUAAACUCUCUCCUGCUCAGUGGUCAGCUCUGGUCUUCAUCUUACUGUCAUCACAAGAAGAUCUGGAGGUGUUUGACCUGAAGAAAUACUCUGCUUCAGAGGAGGCUCUUCUGAGGCUGCUGCCAGUGGUCAAAGCCUCCAACAGUGACUGUAACCUCUCAGAGAGAAGCUGUGAAGUUCUGUCCUCAGUCCUCAGCUCCCAGUCCUCUAGUCUGAGAGAACUGGAUCUGAGUAACAACGACCUGCAGGAUUCAGGAGUGAAGCUGCUGUGUGAUGGACUGAAGAGUCCACACUGUGAACUGGAGACUCUCAGCCUGUCAGGCUGUCUGAUCACAGAGGAAGGCUGUGCUUCUCUGGUCUCAGCUUUGAGCUCCAACCCCUCCCACCUGAGAGAGCUGGACUUGAGCUUCAACCAUCCAGGAGACUCAGGAGUGAAGCUGCUGUCUGAUGGACUUGAGGAUCCUCACUGGAGACUGGAGACUCUCAGGGUGGAGCCUGCUGGAGUCCGAUGGAUGACACCAGGUCUGAGGAAGUAUUCCUGUGAACUCACAAUCGACACAAACACAAUAAACAGAGAACUCAAACUGUCUGACAACAACAGGAAGGUGACACGUGUGAAGAAGGUUCAGACAUAUCCUGAUCAUCCAGACAGAUUUGACUACUGGCCUCAGCUGCUGUGUAGAACUGGUCUGACUGGUCACUGUUACUGGGAGGUCAAGUGGAGAGGAGACGUUGAAGUAUCAGUGAGUUACAGAGGAAUCAAGAGGAAAGGAAACAGUGAUGACUGUGAGUUUGGACGCACUGAUCAGUCCUGGAGUCUGUGGUGCUCUGAUGGAGGUUACUCUGUCCUUCACAAUAAUACAGUAACACCCAUCACCUCCUCCUCCUCCUCCUCCUCCUCCUCUGGUAGAGUAGCAGUGUAUGUGGACUGUCCUGCUGGCUCUCUGUCCUUCUACAGAGUCUCCUCUGACUCACUGAUCCACCUCCACACCUUCAGCACCACAUUCAGUGAACCUCUUUAUCCUGGGUUUGGGUUUGGGUUCUGGUUCAGGUCUGUUUCCUCAGUGUCUCUGUGUCCUCUGUAGGACGGAGAGUCUCCUCCUGGUGGAGAACCUUCCUCUCUGCUCACCACAUAGUUCAGUGUGUACAGCUGAUGGAGGUCCAUGUGGGUGUAGGUGCAGGUGGAGCAGGUGAGGGGUACCUGAGCUGGUCUGGACUCUGGGGGUCCACAGCUCUCUGGGACUUGUGCUGUUGCAGAUGAACGUGUGAAAGAGCUCAGCGAGGUGUGUUUUAAUGUCUCUGUGCUCGAUGCCUCUGUGGAUGAAUCAAUAAUCAUCAUUUAGAUGUUAACUCUUAAUUACAGUUUAAUCUUAAUCUUUAUGUGUCACAAUGUUCAAGAAGACAUUUUAUACGACUAAUGUAUCUGUUUGAUAAAUUGUACUCAAAUUUUAACUUCAAAUAUUUCAAUGUGUCACAUUAAAGAUUAUUUCACAUCAUCUGCUUUGUUCCUUUUUAAAGCUUCAGCAAACCUCUGAAAAAAAG